GUCAACACCGCUGCGGUUUAAUCCAGCAGAGAAGAAGAAGAAGAAGCACUUCCGUCAAGCUGUUUCCAUGGCAAUCAGACAUGGCGCCUGGAAACCAACCAAUCCUGUCGUCCACUCCUCUGCAGGUCCUCCUCUACCUGAACUGUUGGUACUUUGCCGCCUUCUACCUGGCAGAGAUCCUCAUGUUCAUCUACAAAGGGAUUUCACUGCCGUACCCGUCGGAGAAUCUGGUCCUGGAUGUGGUUCUGCUGCUCGUCUUCCUUGGCCUUGAGAUGCUCAGGAUCUUUUAUGGCUGGAAGGGGAACCUGUGCGAGCGCUCUCUGGCCUCGUGCGCGUCGCUCGUCAUCCUGUUUCCCUGCGGCGCUCUGGCCGUGUACUACCUGCUGCUGCAGACCUUCGUCCUGCGGCUGGAGUUCAUCCUCGCCGCCGUGCUGCUCUGCUUCUACAGCCUUGAGCUGGUGCUCGGACUCCUCUCCUUCUCCGCCUUCUCCAGGUCGAGAGUUUACUGAGUAAGAAACACUGACGACAACACAAGGACGAAUCAUCGCUGUAAAUAUGAAACACAUUUUCUACUGUUGGUUUUAUACAAACUGUCUUUCUGCGAAUGUAUCAAUGACAAAGACAUCAAGACAUUUUUGUAGAGUUCUGUAAAUAAGUUGAAAUAAAGCAGUUUUUUAUUUGAAUGGA